AUGGCAAUACUGAUAGGAGGAUCCACUCUGGUUGCUGUGGCCAUUUCUCUCUCUUUCCUUGCAUUAUUUCAGAUAGUGAACAUUAAAAAUAAAGUAUUGCAACUGUUUAAAGGACAUCAUAAAGCAAGAAGGGGUUUACGUCGCUCUAAGAAGCAAAAGAAAGGAACAGCUAUCGUGGGAAGCUAUUUUUUUUUUACAGUAGCCCCUUUAGAAGAGCCAAUAUUACCGGAACCCUUGCAUCCAUAUGAUCUCUCACUACUAAGGCCUUGCCAGAGAUGUCAUAGGUUGGAUGCUAAAAGGCAAUGCAAGUAUAAUUAUUGUGCCAGUUGUUGUAAAGGCAAACAUGAUUCAGUUUGUAAAGCUCACGGUACUGGGUAUGAGUAUGCUGUAAGAACAGUCAAUGAAGCAGUCAGUUAUGGAAAAUAUCCUGAAGUUGACAUUAGCUACUGCAAUCUAAAGAAAUGUCCACCUAACAUUGGUUCCAUUGGAACCUUUACGGCAAGUCUUAAUUUAUCAAACAAUCGCUUAUCAUUCGUACCAGAAGACAUUGGAUCACUAAGUGGCCUUGAGGAAUUGUUUCUACAAUACAAUCACUUAGCAAUGAUACCGAGCAGCAUAUGUCACUUGUCUUUUUUGCGUGAACUUGAUCUAAAGAAUAACAACUUGACUUCUCUUCCUAACGAGAUUGGCUCUCUUUCCUUGUUAAAUAUCCUUUGUGUCACUAAUAAUCGUAUCUCUAGCCUACCUUCUUCCAUCGGAAAACUUAGAAAUUUAGAAGAGCUUACAUUACAUUCAAAUGAAUUAGCCCAUUUACCAAGCGAGAUUUGCCUAUUAAAGGAUUUAAAAUUACUUUACUGUGGAGACAACAAGUUACAAAGCCUGCCUGACCAGUUUGGAAAACUCGUCAAACUGGAAGAGCUUGAUUUUUCUGGGUGUGAACUGGUGAAAUUGCCAGAAUCAUUCAGCAAUUGUAAGUCACUGAUAAGAGUAUGGCUAUGCAAUAACAGAUUAGUACAAUUGCCAGUACAGAUUGGCAAUUUGGUAAAUUUGAAGGAGCUUCAUGUCAGAAAAAACAAAAUUAGAAUGUUUCCAAUGUCAAUGAGAAGUCUGACUCUCUAUACAUUUACAGCUCAAGAGAAUCCAAUCAUUAAAGAGAAUCAGAGAGUUAAACUAAGUGACAGUCCUACAGACUCCUUCCCAUCUCUACUGGAAUUAUCAGCAAGAGCUAUCAUACGCACACAAAUCAAUGAAUGGAAGAAUGAAGGAGCAGUACCGACUCAUCUAGCAGAUAUGCUGAGUCACUAUGACACUUGUUCCACCUGUGGUAGACCUUUUUUUAAAUUUUUUUCAUAUCAUGUUGCGUUCCAUUUGGUUGGUGUAUAUUACAAACUCCCAUUGUAUGAGUAUUGCUGUUCACCACAUAAUCCCAUCUCCUGCUCUGUGAGGAAACACCAGCUGGACUAGUAGUUUUUUUACCUUUU